AUGGCAACUCUUGGACUCACGGAAUCUCUCAAGAGAUUCACAAACUGUACUCAGAAGCAAAAUGAGUCUGUUAACGAUUACAGAAGACGGUUCGAAGCCCAAGCUGAUCAAUUGUUCGAGAUCCUUGGCAACGAUGUGUUGCAUGUCUAUGCGACCAAGACAAUGGGGUACCUGGAUCUAUACAAUCCGGAGGACGAUCCGGACGAUACCAAGGCAGUCCAAGACACGUUCAAGAAAGAAGUUCUCGAAACAUUUAAAGCGAGUGCAUUUUUCUACAACUGUGACAGGUCUCGCUUCGGAAGCAUGUUGGACAAAGCGAAUCAGACCUACGCCAUGGAAUUUAAGGACUACGAUCAGAGAAAUGAAUACCCAACUCCGAUUGAUCUGGUUGCCAAAGCGCUGAUCAAACAUAAGCCGGACAAUAGAAAGAAAGGUCCAACAACACCGAGACCUACUCCAAGAGCAAACACUGCGAGCAGCAGUGCCCCUGACGGAGUGAGCAACGUACAGUCGAAUGCUCGAACAACAUCUUCACGACCGGCUUUUAGUUGCUGGUGUUGCGGAGAUACUGGCCAUGGGGUCACCCGUUGUCCCGAACGCUGA